AUGAGAAAAACCAUUCUUUUUCCCUCAAUCUUUAGCUUAAUAUUAAAUCCACUGUCUACGCAUGCCUAUUCUUCCCAGCAUACGGUCAAGGUGGAUGUACCAAACUCUAUCCAGCCCGGUGGGCUUGCCAACAUCUACCUGGACUGGCAAAAACCUUAUCAAGGUUCCCUCCGAAUCAUUUUCUCUUCUUGCAAUAACAAGAAUGGCUCCCACGAACAACUCAUCGGAACCUUGGAAGCUCAACAAGAACCUCCGGAUCGCUUUGCCUGGGCGGUUUUAGGAGACAUGCCACCCAGCGGCUGCGUUUACGUUUUCGGGUCCAAGGCCAAUUCCGAGCUGCUCGGAAAAAGCGCUUCUGUCCUUGAUUUCGAUGCACUCGGGGCAUGGUUCGACGGCGUGGCAGCCAUCAAAGACAAAAUCGAUCGGCAUGGCAGCGUGUCCAGCAGUAAAGUGCAAAAGAACACCUCAAUAGCCAUUGUUGGGGCAGGAAUCUCCGGUCUGGCCACCGCCCUCAUGCUCGACAGCGUCGGGAUCCACAACUGGGAAAUUAUUGAAGCCAGCGAUCGAGUCGGCGGAAGAUUCAGAACGAAAUACAUGCGCGGGACUCAAGAGUGGGCUGAGAUGGGGCCCAUGAGACUUCCUCAUUCCGUAACCUACAAGGGUGGAGAGACACUCGAAUACACGGACCACCGAAUGACGUUCCAACUGGCUGAACUGCUUAACAAUAUGAAUGGCAACAGUUCCAAGUGGAGGAUUGAUUUCAUUCCUUGGAUUCAGCAUAGUCCAAACGAAAUUCUCGCACUUGGUACUGGUAGACACCCAGACGGAAAGAUCCCGACCAGAGCGGAGAUUGAGGCUGAUGCCACACUGGCAAAACCUGCGCCUUUGAACACUGAAGAGUACGAAGACACGAAGCAGCGCAUGGACGAUAUGUUUAAAAAAGAGUCAGUGCUCAAGUCACUACAACGAGAUGUAUGGCGAGCCCACAAGAAAGCCAUGGACGACGGUCUAGACGAUUGGAGCGAGCAAGCCAUGCUCCGCCACGUCCUCAAGGCAAGCGAAAACGUCACCGACGCGAUCUGGACAGCCAGUGACUACGACGUCUUCUGGGAUGAGCUCCACCACAACUCCAACCUCGGGUUGGAUGGCAGCAAAGACUCCUUAGGGAAGACAGAGUGGAAAUGCAUCGACGGUGGAUUCAACAGACUUUCAGACGCCUUCCUUCCUCACGUCAGCGACAGACUCACGCUUAACCGAAAGGUCCGGAAGCUGGAGCCUGUGCAGGAUGCGGAUGGCCGAGACCGCACUCGGCUUUCAUGGUACCCAAGCAUUGCGAACAGAACUUACGAGUCCAAGGAAUAUGACUACACGAUUAUGGCGGUGCCGUUUACUAUGACGCGGUUCAUGGAUCUGCCUAAGUUUUCUUCUGUGCUUGACCGCGCCAUCAGUGAGGCCGGGCUCCGGUUCAAGUCGGCGUGUAAAGUUGCUCUUCUGUUCUCAGAGCGGUUUUGGGAAAAGGGUGAACGCCCCAUUUUUGGAGGUUACUCUACACCUCCUAACGCCGCCGUUGGAGCAAUUUAUUAUCCCGUCUAUGGCAUUAAUGAGUCCAGGCCUGGGCUGAUUAUGCACUAUCGCGGAGGAGACUGGAGUGACCGAUUCGUCAGUUUCUCGGACGAGGAACACGUCCAAACAGUACUUGAUUCUGUUGUUGACUUGCAUGGAGGGCAGGCCAGGGAGCUCUACACGGGAGAUUACGAGCGGCUCUGUUGGCUUCAAGAUGAGCAUACCGCUACAUCGUGGUGUCGUCCUGAUGUUGAGCAACACAAGCUCUACAUUCCUUCGUACCAUACGACCGAGCACAACACGAUUUUCAUUGGGGAGCAUACUGCGCCUACGCAUGCUUGGGUUAGUUCUUCGUUGCACUCUUCGGUUCGCGGUGCCGUGCAGCUGCUUCUCGAGUUAGGCUUGGUGGACGAAGCGAAAGAGCUAAACCGUCGGUGGAUGGGGAAAUGGAUUAAGUUGUAACAUUUGUAGUGACAGGCCAGCUGGAAGUUGAAGCGUUCAGCGUUUGAUGCAUUUCGGUACAUUGGAAAUUCUUUGGGUAAAUGUGUAACACAAAAGAUUCACUACGUGUUUCCCAUCAGUUGUUCCUUCGUUUUGCUCGUCCGAAUGGGAUUAAGAUAUACCUUUUCACUCACUGCUUAACAAGUUUGCCUCUUUCCUUUUAAUCUUUU